GACUUGUACAGUCGUACCCUUACCAGCACUCUAAACCCUUAUCGCCGAUAGACUUGCGACUGUGGGCCUGUCGAACGAGAAAUUAGGGAGUUUUCCAAUUUCCAUGGUCCGCAGCCGCCGCCCUCUCGCGUCCUCCGUCAUGCCGCUGGACAACGACGAUCUCCUCCGUGAGAUCCUCCUCCUCCUGCCUCCGCGACCGUCCUCCCUGCUUCGGGCCUCCGUCGUGUGCAAGCGUUGGCACCGCCUCGUCUCUGAUCCCGGCUUCCUCGGCCGCUUCCGCGCGCACCACGGGAAGCCCCCGGUCCUCGGCUUCUUCUGCGCCAAUGCUUAUACCGGUUAUUACUUCAGUCCCACGCUGGACCCGCCCGACCGCAUCCCCGCCGCGCAAUUCUCCCUGCCGCAGCGCCACGGGGAGAGCUUAGACUUCGCGGAAUGCCGCCACGGCCUCGUCCUUUUCCUCAACAAGGAACUGCCCGAGGCCGUCGCGUGGAACCCCAUCUCCGGUCGCCAGCGCCGGGUAUCUGUUCCACCGCAGUUUGACAACACUGGAAAGAGGGGCAUCAUAUACGUUGCGGUGCUCUGCGCUGCCGGCGAUGACGAGCAUGGCCAUGUGCACGGCGACUGCGACCUGGACUAUUUUAAAUUGGCCUUGGUGCACAUGGGCGUAGAAGACCACAGGCAUGUAUCAAUCUGCUUGCCUCUACGAAUCCAAGUCUGGUGUGUGGGGAAAUAUUAUCUCAACACCGACCACAGGAGGAUUGGGUUUUCCGGUAAGGCCCAGCGUCCUUGUCGGGAAUGCACUUUGCUGGUUGCUUUAUGGAGAAACUGAAGGUGACAUCCUUAAGUUUGAUUUUACAAUGCAGAAGCUUGUUGUGAUCGAGAAGCCACUAGAUUGCGAGAUUGCCUACCGUGGCCGUCCCCGCCUCCGAAUCGUGCGGACAGAGGAAAGUGGUCUUGGACUCAUCGGUUACACAGGACUGAGCCUGCAGUUAUGGGAGCGGAAGGUCAAUUAUGAUGAUGUUGCUACAUGGGUCCUUCAGAAAACCAUUGAUCUGCUCGAGCACCUUUUGCCCGUCGAGCUCAAAUGGAGUUGGAUACAUGGGUACGAUGAGGAUGACAAUGUGAUAUUUCUUUGCGCACUUAAUGGUUCUUUAAUGGUCCAACUUGACUCAAUACAGUUUGGUAACUGUUUUCGGACCAAUCUGGACGGCACCACACCUCCAGAAAGAAAAGAUAUCAACACCACCUACAUUCCCUACAAAAGUUUUUAUGCCGCAGACUACCUGAUAAGAAAUAAUCAUCAGCACGGAGAGGAGGACAGAACAGUACAAGCAUCGAUUUGAUGGGCUAACUACUUGUGAUCUGGCCACACUGACGAGAGCUACCCCAGCUCGGGCGAGGCAAGCUUGGUCACCGCUGGAUAUCAAUGUGAUAAAGGUAAAUGUUGAUGCGGGCUUUGAUGAGCAUACAAAAUCAGGGAGUACUGGAUUGGUGAUGCGCAACCAUGCAGGAGCCUUAACACGAGCCCAAGCUUUAUGGUACGAGCGAGCUGCAGAUUCAAGAACGAUGGAGGCUAUCGCGAUCAGAGAUGGCAUCCGCCUGGCACAUGAUCUGCGUCUCACGCAUAUUGCCAUGGAAAGUGAUGCUUUGGAGGUUGUUAAUAUUUUCAACUCCUCGUCGUAUGACAGGGCGGAUAUUGGUGAUGUAUGCCGAGAGAUUAGGGAGCUCAGUGGUGUUUUUGCUAGUUUUGCUCUUUCACAUGUUCCACGUGAAGCAAAUGAAGCUGCACAUAAAUGUGUCAAUCAAGCUAGUAGCACUAGGAGAAGAUGCCUCUGGAUAAAUUUUGUCCCCUCCUUUCUCCAAGAUUGUAC